UAUGAUCGCCCCGCACUGCCACUCCAGGAAUACACGGCGUGUUAUGCCGAUAAGACUCUCGCCAGUAUGUUUGAUAUCCGGGAGAAAGUUUUUGUCUACUUACCCACCGCUUAUGAAGAGUUUACCCUUCGCCGAGCAGACCUGAAACUCAAGCUUUCAAGCAGUGCGCCGCUCCCGCGUGGCGAAAGUCGUGACCAGUCACUCACCGUUGAACUUGGGAUUGCGCAUUCUGUAGACAAUCACGAUUAUCUACCGACAUCUGGGAUCAUUGGCCUGGCUCCAAGGUAUCCAUAUCUAUCUGAAACGUGGCAAAAUCAGAAAUUGAAGUGUUUAGAAUGGAAGGAGCUACUACAAAACACAUGCCGUCAUUCCUCUGGCAGACCUCACGGCGCUAUACAAGCCCAGAAAUGACAAUUGUACUCAGCCCCACUGAAGGAAGAUUAACUCUAGGUGGUCGCCCACCUGACCUCCCAAGCGACAAGCGUCUAAAAUAUCAUUGGAAGACUGCUGGUGAGAUUUCCAGUAGUCAGUCUGAAUGGACGGUUGAUUGUCCUUACCUGACGAUGAACGACACCAAAUAUCCUAUCAAGACCGGCAAAGUUCUAUUUGACACAGGCGCGGCAUCGAUCUACCUGGACGAGUCGAUUGUAGUCGCAUAUUACAGCCAUUUCCCAGACACCAGACUUGACGACAAGGGCUAUCACCUCAUCUCGCUUGCGAACAAAGAGCCAAAGCAAACGCUCAACGUGGAUUUCCAUUUCAAAGAGGAUAAAUUGUGGUUAUUUGAUCACAUCGACCCAACUUCUGACAUCCUUGACUUCGACGGAAAGCAAUAUCAGCGUGGAGCUAUCCAGUCCACGUCGGUGUUGCAUGAUUCAGAUAAGGACCCGUGGACAGGACCAUGCCUAAUUGGCCGGAUAGCGAUGUAUAACGCAGACUUGAAUCUGCACUUCGCACCUGGGACAACUCCGAAAAUUUUCUUCCGAGAGAAAAAAAGUCGUGCAGAAGACGACAUAUCUCAGCGACCAUACGACUGGGGAAAAUUCUGA